AUGAUAAUUGAUUUACUCUAAACCUAUGAAAUCAAUAGAAUAAUACUUUGGGUUUAUGAUAGGGAUUUAUCUUUACGAACAUUUGAUUUAAAAGUAUAUAUUAAAGGUCCUGGAGAAAUUGAACAAUUAAUUUAUUAAAAUAACCUUGCAACCACUAUAAUAAAGAUAAAGUUUUCUGAUGCUUUUGUGAAAUAAAUACUUAUAUAUAAUAGUAAUGGUAGUUCAGUGAAUUAAUACUUACAUUUAUUUAACCUACAAGCUUAUUAUAAAUUAUGA